UCAUUCACUGAUGUGGCCAGUAUCAUGUCAGAAUCUGACAUGAUACUGGCCACAUCGAGCCUUCAUGUGCUUUGUGUUUUGGUUCUUGCAUUUAUUGAUUCCUCAAUAAAGCCUUUGCUCACACUCGUGAGCCUUUGUUCGCCAGCUGUCACAACGGGUGGAAUCAAGUUUCAGCAGUAAAAACAUUUUCGUUAUGAUUCAACACUCUUUAAGGCAUCUUGUAAUUUUUACUACGGGUACUUUUCUCAUACUGAAAUGUUCUGCUGUUGGCAAACUCCCGAACCCCCUCUGGACCGCGAGCGUCAGUAUCCCUGGGACCAUCACUACAGUCCAUACUGUAAAGACCAUGCCAAAUUAUCACAUAAUCUAAAUACGAAGUAUCUGUCGCGAAACAGCGGCUUCGCCCGGAAUGCGGUGGUGUCCCCAUUGUACGCUGAAAUUGCGCUGCUGAUGCUGCACGCCGGUGUGGACGACAAAGCAAAACAGGAAAUUGCCGAACUACUGGGCGUGCAUCCGGUGACCCUCACGAAACGACUGCGUUUGGAUUUAUCCCAUCUCAAGUGGAAAGAAGACGAGGACUGCGAUCCUGGUCCUCCUGAAGGGAAAGAUGAAAAUUACCGUCUGUAUUUGGCAAGUUCUCUUCUGUUGUCGCAAUGCAGUCCUUCGGACCAACAGUGUACCAAAGCCUUCAAUAAAAUAACAAUCAGCUCGGAUAUUUCACCGCUAAAACUCAGCGACAAUCUACGGAAAGUGAAUGAAUUUUUUCGAGAACGCGCAAUGAGCCAUGUAUGCGACAUACAGUUGCCGCCUGAUUCAACGCGAAAUCCGACACUCAUCAGCAACCUGCACUUGCGCGCCAACUGGGCGCGUCCCUACUUCCGUGAACACCGCACGUUAACGAUGGAGUUUAUCACGGCUGACGGUCGCCGUUUGUAAGUCGACACAAUGCAUGGAAUACUCAAGGUCCCCUGCUGGGUCCCCGAAGGAAUGGGCGGGGCUAGGUCCCUGGAAAUACCAUUUGAAGACUAUCACUGGAAAGCGAUGUUCAUAAUGCCGGGAGCCGCGCGGAAGACGUGGCGCGGUGAGACGAAACCGCUGACCAUGAGCGAACUGAUUGUUCUUCUGACACCACGGAGACUGGAGAGGCCAUUCGGCAAAUGCGCUUUUACAAAGUAAACGAAGCUACGGUACAGAUACCAAAUUCCGUGUGGAGCGGAAUGUGGAACUGCAGGAGAUACUGUGCGAACUGGGUUUGCGAAGUCCGCUGAUUUGCGGCACGGAUCAUUCGGGUUCGCGCAUAACGGCAUUAUACAGCACGUUAGUUCCGGCGUAGAUGAGCGUGGAGUCGGCAAUGCCCUACCCGUCAAGCCUGAACGAGUGUUUCUAGAAACCAUGGAACUCUGCUCGCCCUACUACGGAGAUUUUGUUGUCAAUCGGCCAUUCAUCUUCCUGGUUUAUCAGCGCCUUAGCGGCCACAUCGCCUACAUGGGACAUGUUGCUGAUCCGACGGCCAGUUAGUUUAAAAGGCCUUCUCCAAUAAAAACAAAUUUCGGAUUAAACAAUGGUUAUUUUAAAGCUGAAAUAAACAGUGAAAAUCUGCUUCGGUGUGGAAACAAUGCGCUUUUACAUGCGAAAUUUGAAGCAAGUCGACUUGUAACGCUAUUUUUGGUGCACGUUAAUUUAUUUGAACUUUCUGGAGUUCUAUUUCACCAAUGACUCACCCAAACCGGAAGCCGCGCGCGCCGCCCAAACGUUGUAGCGUAGUCAGUCGCUCAGUUUUUAUACUACUAAAAUAAGCAGAUGCAGGGAAAUAGAUAGUUUUUAUACUACCAAAAGAGAACGCAAAAAAGUAGAGUGCAACGUAAACUAAAGCGCCUUCUACAGUCUAAUAAAACGGGCGUAGUCAAGAGCGCGCUUUUUACGGGUGUUAAUUGCGUAAACAAAACGCCGACGGCACCAGCACCGGUUGAAUGGGGACGUCUUUUUGAUUUUUUUUUAAAAGUAGU